GUCCAACAGUUCAUGGCUUGCCGUCUUGAUGCUUCCAACGGCGUAGUUCCUCUACUCGGUACUGUAAACAGAUGAUGGACGCAACCACGGCGUGAUCAGCUAAGUCAGAGAGGGAGAGGGAGAGAGAGAGAGAGAGAGAGGAAGUGCGCUCCAAAACACAAUCAUUGCGUUGUUUUGUGGGAGGGGAGGGCGUGGAACUGGGAAAGUAAAGCAGGCGCAGGCAGACAGAACGUGGGCCUUGACUGAGUCAGAAGGACUGUCAUUAUACUACCUUCAAUGGCUGUUCCAAUUCUUUAUAGCUACCAUCUUUUUGAACUCCUCAGGCCUGGUCGGUUCUAAUUCCAUCGCCGCACCUCCGCUUUUCUCUCUUGUCUCCGUAGCACAGUUGCCGGGCAGCGUAAUUAUUUAUCCAACAGGAAGGUUGCAGGUUUGCUCUAGAAAGAUGAAAGCUCUUAUUAUAUAGGUGAGAAAAGUAGUGUAGGAGAUAGUGCCGUAAAUGAACUGUAUGCUCCUGGCUGAGGCUUCCGCACUAUCUUCCCACAGGGAGGAGUCGUCCAAGGUAAAGCGUGGAGGAGAAAGAUUUUAAGGGGAGGGGAGGAGAUGGCAAGGUCGUGGCCGUGAUCGAUCGAUCCAGAAAGCUAUCUUUGUGGACGCAAGAGGUCAAAGAAUAGAGAGAGGGAAGGAAGAAGUGCCGGCACUCGAUUUGCUGAAGAUCCAGGAAUGGAGAAUCAAAUAGAAAUCCCUUACCAUAUGGUUCAUGGCUGCGGAGGAGGUGAAGAACACUUCUUUCCAGGAGGAGAUGGAAGCGUUGUUUCUGCUGCUAUUAAUCCUACCUUGCCAUGGUGUCUUCCUUCGAUUCACUCUUUCGGCGAAACCCAUCAUCAGUUCUCACAUAGCAAUCCUGGACUGGAUCAACAACUCAUAUGCCCCGAUCUGCCUCCCUUUGCCCCUCCUUUGUAUGCGGAUAUGUACAAUAGCAGGAGGACCUUGAGUGGCUUGCAAUUCCCUUCGGAUUCGCCCGGAUUAAUGGCUGGUGCUACUGUGGGCUUACAUAGAUUUCUACGAGCAGAAGGGUCGGCUUCUUCGUCUCUCUUUGGGACCAUUCAUGAAGAAUUGGAGAAGCUGACUGCCCAGGAAAUCAUGGAAGCCAAGGCUUUUGCUGCAUCCAAGAGCCAUAGCGAGGCCGAGCGCAGGCGUCGGGAGCGCAUCAAUGGUCAUCUUGCUAAGCUGCGCAGCAUGCUCCCAAACACCACCAAGACGGAUAAAGCAUCAUUGCUAGCCGAGGUCAUCCAGCACGUGAAGGAACUGAAACGGCAGACGUCAGAGAUCGCAGAAGAGAGCCCGCUGCCUUCUGAAGACGACGAGCUCACCGUCGACUCCAUAUGCGACGAUGACGGCAAGUUCAUCGUCAGGGCGUCUUUGUGUUGCGACGACCGCCCUGACCUACUUCCGGAUCUCACCAGCGCCCUGAAAAGACUAAAGCUUCGCAUCCUCAAGGCGGAGAUCACCACCGUCGGUGGCCGCGUGAAGAACGUCCUCGUCAUCACCGAGGAGCACAACGCCAAUGGUUACGACGACCAGCAGGAAUUGGUAGCAGCCAUCGAGGAUGCCUUAAAGGCAGUCGUGGAGCAGACAGCAGAGCACGAUCUAUCCUCAUCCGGUGGAACAAAACGGCAGCGGACGACAAGCUUGCUUAGUGCAGUCGAACACAGCUCCAUUUAGCACAAGAUCAAGAACAUGCACGUAGAAAUUUAUAGCUCAUUAUAGUCAUGGUCAGCGACAUAAGCUAUCAGUAGUGUGAUUUGGUGUGUAUUUUAACCUGAUGGGGGAAAUCUACUCGAGUUUUUCUGGGAUUUGCACCUCAGAGGACUGGUAUCUUUUUUUAGCCAGGAGUAGGGUUGGGGUGAAUUUAUCUUGUCUUUUAGAAGAUUUAUAUGUAUGAUAAAUUAAUGCUUUGGUCCU